UAGCUGAUAACAAUUAAGAGAUGAAAGAUUCGCGAUAAUCAGUGAGAUUUAUUCGAAGAAGGAAUUUCUCGUCUUCUUUAUCAUUUCAUCGAUCUUUUGAGAUCGAGCGACAUCGUCUAGAAACCACGUGACGUUCUAAGGGAGAAAAACGGGACAGAAGGUGUUCGAGGAUGAGGACGGAAUUGCAGAUGUCGUCAUUAUGCCUUGCGGCAUUGAUCUUAACGAUAGUAGCUGAAGAUAAGCCGACGAACACGGUUUCGGUGUCGUCAAGUUCACCGGGACUACAAAGCAACACGCUACAGAAGCUGAUCAAGAUAUUGGAGAAAUAUGGUCUGGAAGAGCAGAGAGGAUUGAAGAGGGUCUACCUGAGCAACAGGUCGAUCACUUGCAACGAUGGCUCGCAGGCGGGCUUUUACCUACGUAAGUCGCACGGUUCGAAGAGGUGGAUCAUUUUCUUGGAAGGUGGCUGGUAUUGUUAUGAUCAUAAGAGCUGUAGAAACAGGUGGCUCAAAUUGAGACACCUUAUGACGUCGACUCAAUGGCCUGAAACACGUGACGUUGGCGGAUUGUUAUCAGGAAAUCCAGAAGAGAAUCCAUUUUGGUGGAACGCUAAUCACGUAUUUGUACCUUAUUGUACGAGCGACAGCUGGAGCGGUACGAGAACCUCGUUCAACGAUAUGUUUUCCUUUAUGGGGGCUGAGAUUGUCUCACAGGUUGUACGAGAUCUGAUACCGCUUGGCCUUGAAAAUGCAAGCUCAUUGCUACUGGCUGGUAGCAGCGCAGGUGGAAUUGGUGUUAUGCUUAAUCUCGAUCACGUGCAAAAUUUGGUCCAUCAGGAAUUAGGAUUAAAAAAUAUAGCCAUACGUGGUGUCUCCGAUUCAGGCUGGUUUCUGGACAGAGCACCAUAUUCACCGAAUGGUUUAUCACCUGUCGAUGCUGUUCAUAAAGGAAUGGAACUUUGGAAAGCACGUAUACCACAUAAUUGCGUCGUUAAACAUCCGGAUGAACCUUGGAGAUGUUACUUUGGUUAUCGUCUUUAUCCGACCUUGACUGCUCCAUUAUUCGUCUUUCAAUGGCUCUUCGACGAGGCUCAAAUGUCUGCCGACAACGUUGGAGCACCUGUUACAAAACAACAAUGGGAUUACAUUCAUAAAAUGGGUGACAGUUUGAGGCAGACUUUUGAAAACGUCACCGCAGUCUUUGCACCGAGCUGCAUCAGUCAUAGUGUUUUAACGAAGAGAGAUUGGCAGUUGGUUAAAAUCGACGAGGUUUCAUUGGCACAGGCAUUGCAUUGUUGGGAACAAAUGCCACUUGGAAAUCAUCGUAACGAUACUCAUUCCGAGAUCGAGACGAAUCAGCCCUGUACGAAAUCAUUGAGGAAACUUCUACGUUCCGGUUUAACGAAGAACAACGGCACAUUGGUCCAACUUGGAAGGGCUGAAAAAAAUAAUUUAUCAAUCGAAACGAGAAAGAAGAGUUAUUCGAAUGGCGUUGUUAAAAUUGACGAAAAAGGAAUUAGUACGACCACCGGUCCGGAAAGAGAAAAUAAAAAGAGAAGGAGAAGAAAGCAUAAGGGUCGAAGAAGGGAUAGAAACAAGGAUGGAAGGACGAAGAAGGAUAAACACGAGAGAAGAAAAGCCUCGGGACGGCGAAAAAGUGGGAAACAAAGUAACGACAACAACACACACGCGGGAAUGUUCAAUGGUACGAGGCCACAACGUUCGGUGAUACCUAACGGAAAACGGAAAUGCGUCCAGGGCUGUCAUUUCCGAUUGAUCGAGCGUUGCACUUGGCCGCAAUGCAAUCACAGCUGUCCGAAGCUUCACAAUCCGUUCACAGGCGAAGAGAUGGACUUUAUCGAGUUACUUAAGAGCUUCGGUCUCGACAUGAAGAGCGUAGCUAAUGCCCUCGGCAUCGACAUACAAACCUUGAACAGUAUGGACCACGAUGAGCUCUUGAAUCUUCUUACGCAGCAAGCCAACUAAUAAACUUUCAAAGUAAGCUCUCUUAACAAUCAUCUUCAAGUUAUAUAAUUUUUCUUUUUUUUUUUUUUUUUUUUUUUUUCUUUCUCUUUUCAUACCAAAAUGGUACAUACGAUAUUAUCACCUU